AUGGAGCAGCAGAGCGUGCGCACCGCCGCGCUGGUCCUGUGCAUCCUGUCCUACCUGCUGGUGGGCGCCGCCGUCUUCGACGCGCUGGAGUCGGAGGCGGAGAGCGGCCGCCAGCGGCUGCUGGCCCAGAAGCGCAGCGAGCUCCGGAGGAAGUACGGCUUCUCGGCCGAGGACUACCGCGAGCUGGAGCGCCUGGCGCUGCAGGCCGAGCCGCACCGCGCCGGUCGCCAGUGGAAGUUCGCGGGCUCCUUCUACUUCGCCAUCACGGUCAUCACCACCAUCGGGUACGGCCACGCCGCCCCCGGCACGGACUCGGGCAAGGUCUUCUGCAUGUUCUACGCGCUCCUGGGCAUCCCCCUGACGCUGGUCACCUUCCAGAGCCUGGGCGAGCGGCUGAACGCGCUGGUGCGGCGCCUCCUGCUGGCGGCCAAGCGCUGCCUGGGCCUGCGGCGGCCGCGCGUGUCCACGGAGAACAUGGUGGUGGCCGGGCUGCUGGUGUGCGCCGCCACGCUGGCGCUCGGGGCCGCCGCCUUCGCGCACUUCGAGGGCUGGAGCUUCUUCCACGCCUACUACUAUUGCUUCAUCACGCUCACCACCAUCGGCUUCGGCGACUUCGUGGCGCUGCAGAGCGACGAGGCGCUGCAGAGGAAGCCGCCCUACGUGGCCUUCAGCUUCCUCUACAUCCUCCUGGGGCUCACGGUCAUCGGCGCCUUCCUCAACCUCGUGGUCCUGCGCUUCCUGGCGGCCAGCGCCAGCACCGACCCGCCCGAGCGCGCUGCUUGCCGCGCCAGCCCUCCCCGCCUGGGGGCGCCCGAGAGCCGCGGUGCCGCCCUGACCCGCCGCCCGGCGCGCCCCGGGGGCUCCUCCGUCUCCUACCGCGUCCACCAGCUGGAGAUGUGCGCCCGCGACAACCUGGGCUUCUCGCCCCCCGGGAGCCCUGGGGCUCUGGGUGGCCUCGGCGGGGCGGGCAGGCUGCCUGCCCGGCGGAAGUCCAUCUGA